AGCUUCGCACUCUCAUGGCGAUCUCUAGGGUUUGGAUCCAUUGCGCCAUCGUAGCGUUGGCCGUUGCCGCGUGCGUACUGCCGGCUUUGGCGGAGGAGAGUGGAUCGGAGGAGCCGUCGUCGGUGCUCACCCUCGAUGUGGCGAACUUCUCGGAGACGAUCGCAAAGCACCCCUUCAUUGUCGUCGAGUUCUAUGCUCCAUGGUGUGGGCAUUGUAAGCGACUUGCUCCUGAGUAUGAGAAGGCUGCCACCAUAUUGAGCAAGCAUGAUCCUCCAAUUGUUCUAGCUAAAGUUGAUGCUAAUGAAGAAAUAAACAAGGAACUUGCCACUAAGUAUGAGGUGAAGGGCUUCCCCACGCUCAAGAUCCUAAGGAAUGCAGGAACGAACAUUCAGGAUUAUAAAGGUCCUCGAGAUGCUGAUGGCAUAGUUGAACAUCUUAAGAAGCAAGUUGGUCCUGCAUCUGCUGAAAUUAAAUCUUCAGAGGAUGCUAGCAAUCUUAUUGGUGUCAAGAAAGUUUUUGUUGUGGGAGUGUUCCCUGAAUAUUCUGGCGAGGAGUACAUGAACUUCAUGGCUGUUGCAGAAAAGUUGCGCUCUGACUAUGAUUUUGGUCACACUUCAGAUGCCAAGUUUCUUCCGCGUGGGCAUUUGAACAUAUAUAAGCCCACAGUUAGAUUAUUCAAGCCUUUUGAUGAACUUUUUGUUGAUACCCAGGAUUUUGAUAUUGAUGCUUUUCAAACCUUCAUUGAGAGCUCCAGUGUGCCAAUUGUUACUACCUUUAACAAGGAUCCGAACAACCAUCAAUACAUAACUAAAUUCUUCAACAAUGCUCAUGCCAAAGCUAUGCUCUUUCUGAACUUCAGCAUUGAGAAUAUUGAUUCUUUCAAGUCCAAAUACCAAGAAAUUGCUGAGCACUACAAAGGGAAGGGUAUAAGUUUUCUUGUUGGUGAUCUUGAUGCCAGUCAAGGCGCCUUACAGUAUUUUGGACUUGAAGCAGAGCAGACGCCCCUCAUAGUCAUUCAAGACAUUAAUGGGGUUAAAUUUGUGAAAGUUCAUUUGGAACCUGAUCAAAUUGCAACUUGGUUGAAGGAGUACAAGGAUGGUAACUUGACACCCUUCAGAAAGUCAGAGCCUAUUCCUGAGGUUAAUGAUGAGCCGGUGAAGAUUGUUGUGGCGGACAACCUUAAAGAUGUCGUUUUCGACUCAGGAAAGAAUGUUCUCCUUGAAUUUUAUGCACCAUGGUGCGGACAUUGUAAGAAACUAGCACCUAUCUUAGAUGAAGUGGCUGUUUCAUUUGAAAAUGAUGCUAAUGUGAUCAUUGCAAAGAUGGAUGCCACUGCAAAUGAUGUUCCAAAUGAGUUUGAAGUGCGGGGUUACCCAACUGUCUUCUUUUCCUCAGCCAGCAACAAGAUUGUGCAGUAUGACGGAGAUAGGACAGCCGGAGACAUCAUUAAUUUUAUUCAGAAAAACAGGGACACGGACAAGGACACUCCAGUCCAAUCCAACACUGGAAAGGAUGAACUAUAAUAAAGCGAUGGUUGGCGAACAGAAUAAGAGGACAUGGGGUUUGCACUUGGCUCUUGGCUCUUGGCUCUUGGCUAGAUACAUCUUUUAAAUUUUUUUUUAGUCCAUGUAUUCCCAUUAGAUAUCAAUAAAGUUCUCUUGCUACUUAUUUAGUGUUUUUACAUCCUGGUUGUAGUUCUUCAGCUUUUACCUUGUGAACUCAAAUUGAUAGAUAACGUGAUAUUUUUUGUUAUUAGAGCA